GGAAAGUGAGAAAUUUCAAAGCUAAUGUAGGCGUGUACAUACCUUCAUGGUCCCUUAUUACGUACUUAUUUACAUUGAAUUUUAACCCCUUCAUCACAUUUUCUCUUCUCUAAAAUCUUCUCUUUCUUUCUCUUCUUUUUUACUUCAACCUUCAUCUGAGGUGAGUAUGCUUUUUUAAAGCCUGAAAUAUUUGCAUCAUCUUCUCUGAUACAUCAUUCCAUCAUGACCUGUUUUCCUUGCUUAUUUAGCAAGACAUCGUCUUCUUCAAGACAAAAUCCAGACAAUGAUGAAGGCAUUCACAAUGUUAAAAUCUAUACCUACAAAGAACUAAGUAAUGCCACUGAUAACUUUAGUCUUGCCAAUAAAAUUGGAGAGGGUGGUUUUGGUUCUGUCUACAUGGGACGACUGAAAAAUGGAAAACUUGCUGCUAUAAAAGUUCUUUCAGCGGAAUCAAAACAAGGGGUGAAGGAGUUCUUGACAGAGAUUAACGUGAUCUCCGAAGUAGAGCAUGAAAAUUUGGUUAAGUUAUAUGGUUGUUGUGUUGAAAAAAAUAACAGGAUAUUAGUCUACAAUUACCUUGAGAAUAAUAGCCUUUCACAAACUCUUCUAGGCGGAGGUCACAGUAGUAUCUACUUUGAUUGGCGAACGCGAUGUAGAAUAUGUGUUGGCAUUGCACGCGGGCUUGCCUUUCUACACGAAGAAGUUAGGCCUCCUAUCAUUCAUAGGGAUAUAAAAGCAAGCAAUAUUCUCCUUGACAAAGACCUUACACCCAAGAUUUCCGACUUUGGUCUUGCAAAGCUUAUGCCUGCAAACGCGACUCAUGUCAGCACACGUGUAGCAGGAACAUUAGGUUAUUUGGCACCGGAGUAUGCAAUAGGGGGAAGGCUUACACGAAAAGCAGACAUUUACAGUUUCGGUGUCCUCCUUGUAGAAAUAGUCAGUGGAAGACGUAACACAAAUUCGCGACUGCCAACGGAAGAACAAUUCAUUCUAGAGAGGACAUGGGAACUUUACGAGCGAAAGGAAUUAGUUGGACUGAUAGAUACAUCACUAAACGGGGAAUUCGAUGCCGAGCAGGCCUGCAAGUUUCUGAAGAUUGGCCUUCUUUGCACUCAAGAAUCUCCAAAGCGCCGGCCAUCCAUGUCUUCUGUGGUAAAGAUGCUUACCGGAGAAAUGGAAGUUGACGACAGUAUGAUGACAAAACCUGCCUUAAUUUCUGAUCUUAUGGACCUCAAAGUUAAACAUAAACAAGAAAGUAUAAUUGAUAUGAAGACUUCCUACAAUACAUCCUCUGCCUCAGAGCAUGAGGACACUACAAUUACAUCAGCAGCAACUACAACCUUUUACAAUGCUUUAUCUUUAAAUUAAAAUUCUUAAUUCAUUUGCUUAGGCUUAUAUCUCAUAUAAAUUUUGAAAUCUUUCCAUACUUAUGUUAGUUUUUCUUUUAUAUAUUUUGGUAAGGCUUCAUGACUAGGGAGUGAUAAAAAGCCUUUGGAUGUGUAUUUCCGGACGGGAUAACAAUUGCAUUUUUGUCCGGAAAUACACAUCUUAAUGGCUCAAAAACUGUGUUUUUUUUUUUCCGAAUGUGUACAUCUGAAGUGGUUUUGGAGGUGAGAAAAGUUCCUCCAAGUUCUAAAUGUAAGGUUGUGUAAAUAUUCAAUGAUAAUUUGAAGAUAUUUUUUUC